AUGGACUCAGCUGAGGAGACAGAGAAGUGUCCUGAUGGACCUCAGAGGACUACAUCCUCCAUGAAAAGUGACGACACCAUGAAUAUUAGUCCUGACCUGACACAGGAAGCUGCUCAGAGCUCAGUUGAUUUUCCGGCCUCGACUUGUUUGUCCAUGAAAAGUGACGACUCCAUGGGUUUUCUUAUUAACUUCAAAAAGGAAGCUGCUGAGAGCUCGGUUGAUUUUGAGAGUGACAACUCCAUGCAUGUUCGUAAAAAGUUCAAAAAGGAAGAUGCUGAGAGGGAUGAACAUGACUGUUCAGAAUCCAGGGAGAUGGAUGGAAAUGCCAUAUUUAAGCUGGUGGAAGAACACAGCGUGAACAUUUUGCUAAGUGAGCUGAAAAAGUAUAAAAAGAUGCUCUUUCCACAUCUGUCACAAUCUGAGAGGGAAAAACAGGAUGAAGAUAAAACACAAGACACCAGCUGCAGUGACGGGGUGCUGAAGAUCGCUCUGCAUGUCCUGAAGGAAAUGGGCCAAACAGAGCUCGCUAACAAACUGGAGAAAGAAAUUUACGGUGAGCUUGAUGUCUGCCAGCGCAAACUCCGACACAAACUGAAAAAGUUUGAGUACAUUUAUGAGGGAACUGCGCAGCACGGGACGCAGACACUUCUCAACAAGGUGUACACUGAGCUCUACAUCACAGAGGGAGUCAGUGAGACGGUUAAUAACGAACACGAGGUGAGGCAGAUCGAGGCAUCGAUCAGAAGAAGUGCAGCUGAAGACAAGCCAAUCAAAUGUGAAGACAUCUUCAAGCCCCUGCUCGGACAAGACCGGUGGAUCAGGACCGCGCUGACCACAGGGAUCGCUGGCAUCGGAAAAACGAUCUCCGUGCAGAAGUUUAAUCUGGAAUGGGCAGAGGGAAGAGUUAACCAGGACAUCCAACUCCUUGUUAAUCUUCCCUUUCGGGAGCUGAAUCUGAUGAAGGAGCGACGCUCCACACUGACGCAGCUUCUUCAUCACUUUCUCCCAGAGGCGAAGGAAUCAGGACUGUCAGAUUUUGGCAAGUACAAGCUUGUGCUGAUAUUUGACGGGUUGGAUGAGUGCCGGCUUCCCCUGGACUUUGUCCACAACGAGCCGUGCCGCAGCGCCUCAGAGCCGGCUUCAGUCGAUGCUCUGUUGACGAAUCUCUUCCAGGGGAACCUGCUGCCCUCUGCACACAUCUGGAUUACCUCCAGACCUGCAGCUGCACAUCACAUUCCCGUUGGUCUGGUUGACCGUGUGACAGAGAUACGAGGGUUCAACGACCCCCAGAAGGAAGAGUACUUCAGGAAGAAGAUCUCUGAUCAAGACAUGGCCAUGGAAGUCAUCACACAUGUUAAGUCAACCAGGAGCCUCCAUAUCAUGUGUCACAUACCCGUGUUCAGCUGGAUAUCUGCCACCGUUCUGCAGAAGAUCUUAGAAAAAAUGGGAAGUAAGAAAAUGGAGGAGAAAAUGCCGAAAACUCUGACUGAAAUGUACACAAGCUUCCUCCGAUACAACUCCUUGAUCAAAACACGGAAGUAUGAAAAAGAGUCCCAGGUGAAAAUAGACGAAGAGACGAUCUUGAAGCUUGGAAAACUGGCCUUCGAGCACCUGCUGAAAGGCAACUUGAUCUUCUAUGAGAACGAUCUGAAUGAAUGCAACAUCAACAUCACUGACGCUGCAGUAUAUUCAGGAGUUUUCACACAGAUCUCAAAAAAUGAUGGUGGACUUCAUCUGGAAAGGGUCUACUCCUUUGUGCAUCUCAGCAUUCAGGAGUUUCUUGCAGCGAUGUACGUUUUUCACACGUUCAUCUGCUUCAAUCAGAACUUGCUGGAACCACAAGAGGCCAUCACUGUCCGGGAGGCUCCCAGUGACGCCACCGACCUUCUCAAGAGUGCGGUGGAUAAAGCUCUGCAGAGUGACAACGGACACCUGGACCUGUUCCUGCGUUUCCUUCUGGGGCUCACACAGACAUCAAACCAGAUGUUGCUGAGGAGAGUUCUGCCCACGAUGAGGAGCAGCUCACCGAGAAACGAGGAGAUUGCCAAGUACAUCAAGGAGAAAAUAAAGCAAAAUCUCUCCCCAGAAAGAUCCAUCAACCUCUUCCACUGCCUCAGCGAGCUGAAUGAUCAGUCUCUUUUGGACGAAAUCCAGAACUACCUUAGCUCAGGUCGUCUGUCAGAGACGCAGCUGUCUCCCUCACAGUGGUCCGCACUCGUCUUCAUGUUGCUCACCUCAAAGGAAGAGUUGGACGAGUUUGACUUGAGGAAAUAUUCAAGAUCAGAAGAAGGUCUUCUGAGACUGUUACCAGUGAUCAAAGAAUCCAGAGUAGUCUUGCUGAAAGAAUGCAACCUCACAGAGAAAUGCUGCAAAGCACUUGGAGCAGUUGUAAGCAAUUCAUGUGUGAAAGAGUUGGACCUGAGUGAUAACGACCUGCAGGACUCGGGAGUGGAACUUCUGUCUGCUGGACUGGCGAGUCCAACAUGUCAGCUGAAAAAACUGAGGCUGCCGUUCUGUGGCAUCACAGAGAUUGGCUGUAACUCUCUGGCUUCAGCUCUGAGGAACAACCCAACCCACCUGAAGGAACUGGACCUGAGUCACAACCACCCAGGACAACCCGGGACGGAGCUGCUGUCCCGUUUACAAGAGGACACUGAAUGCCUCACUGUCAGUUUGAACGACAAUGCAGAGUGCUACUUAAAAUCUGCUCUGAGAAAAUAUGCAUGUGAGCUCACUUUGGAUCCGAACACUGCACAUUCACACCUGUCUUUGUCUGAAGACAACAAGAAAAUGACGCGAAUGGAAACAGCUCAGUCGUAUCCUGACAACCCAGAGAGAUUUACAGACUGGGGACAAGUUCUUUGUAAAGAGGGUCUGACUGCUCGGAGCUACUGGGAAGUAGAGUGGACUGGGGAAAAGACGGGUAUAGGGGUAGCUUAUAAAAGAAUAGUUAGGGAAGCAAAAGGUAAUGAUUGUGUUCUCGGCCUCAAUAAUGUGUCCUGGAGUCUGCGCUACUGUCGCGACAAAUACACGGCCUGGCACAAUAGUGAUGAAUGCCAAUGUGUCCCCUACUUCAACUCCAAAAGGGUGGGAGUGUUCUUAGACUGGUCAGCUGGCACUCUGUCCUUCUACGCUGUUUCAGCAAACGCCAUGACGCAUCUGCACACGUUCCACACUGAGUUCUCUGAGCCUGUCUAUCCAGGAUUCAGGCUGGGCUUUGCAGAUAUGUCAUUAACUCUGUGCAGACCUCUACUGGUUCACCUGCUGGUCCACCUGCUGGUCCACCUGCUGGUUCACCUGCUGGUUCACCUGCUGGUUCACCUGCUGGUUCACCUUCUGGUUCACGUCCUAGAAGGAGAAGAAACGGAGCCAGAACCACCAGAGUCCAGAUCAAAUCUCCUCCUGGUAGUUUCCAGGUUCUGGUUGAUCUCCGUCUGA